AUGAGCUCCUACUUUGUCAAUCCGCUGUACUCCAAGUACAAGGCGGCGGCGGCGGCGGCGGCGGCGGCAGGAGGGGGCGAGCCGCCCAUCAAUCCCGCUUACUACGACUGUCACUUUGCGCCCGCCGCCGCCGCUGCCGCCGCCCUGCUCUACGGGAACAGCGCUGCCGCCGCCGCGGCCGCCGCCGCUGCAGCCGCGGCCGCCGCCUCAGGCUACCCCCCUGCGCCGACGGGUCCUGGGCCCGGCCCGGCCGUCAGCGGCGCGGACUACUUCCACCCUUCUCCCCAAGCUCCCCUUCCUCCUCCUCCUCCUCCUUCCCACUCGCAGCCGCCGCCGCCGCCGCCGCACCUGGCCGGGGGGAGCCCCUCGCCUUACCCGCCUCCCCCGCCUCCCUUGCAAGCCCCUUGCUCCGGCCUGCCUUGUUCAGCGGAGCCGACCAAGUUUUACGGAUACGAUAACUUACAGCGACCGACGAUUUUUACGACACACCAAGAGGCCGAGCUGCUUCAGUAUCCCGACUGUAAAUCGUCCUGUGCUAAUAUUGGCGAGGAACCAAGGCCCUUAAAUCAGAGCGCGUCUCCUUCUCCAGUUUUUCCCUGGAUGAGACCACAAGCAGCUCCCGGGAGGCGGAGAGGGAGGCAAACCUACAGCCGCUUCCAGACUUUGGAGCUGGAAAAGGAGUUCCUGUUUAACCCCUACCUGACCAGGAAGAGGAGAAUCGAGGUCUCCCACGCGCUAGGACUGACCGAGCGGCAGGUCAAGAUCUGGUUCCAGAACCGGAGAAUGAAAUGGAAAAAAGAGAACAACAAGGACAAGUUCCCUGCCACUCGGCAAGAGGGGAAGGAAGGAGAGGUCAAAAGGGAAGACCUGGAAGAACAAGUCUAGGCAAAUUAAAGUCUUCCUCUUCCUCCUCCUCCUGCUACUGCUGCUGCUGCUGGGAACCUUGGCCAAAGACUUUGGGGCAUCAACGGAUGGAGGGGCCAGGUGCUUGUCUAGGUCUCUGCCAUGUCCACCAUGAUUGGGACUAAUCUCAAGGCACCUUUUUGUUGUCUUUGAAACUACCUUCUGACAUUUCUGGGCUAGAUGAGAGUUAGGCUUUUGUUACUGCACUGGGCGCCUUCUUAGCUCGAUUCCCAUAUGGCUACUGCUGCUGCACUUUCUAGAUUUUUUAUUGUCCUUCCUUCCUUCUUUCCUUCCUUCCUUCCUCUCUCCCCCCCCCCAUUUCCCUUUGGCCUUUGAUACUAAGAAGGAUAGCAGUUUUUUACCUACAGAUUUUUACUGGGAUUUAUGUUUUCCUCCAAGGACGCAACGUCCGGCCUCUCUUAUUAUAUUUUAAGAAUCAAGUGCACGUCUUUCAAAUUCUUCAGUUCCCCCUUUCUUUCCUAAACUAAGUUAAUUGAAAAAGGAAAUAACUUGUGGGCCGAUGAGGGAAGUAAUGAACUAUUUUA